GGGGAGUUCUCACUGAACGGUGUCAGCAUGGGCAAGCGGGUGGCAGUGGUGUUAGCCGGCUGCGGAGUGUUCGAUGGGAGUGAGAUCCAUGAAGCUUCGGCUGUGCUAGUGCACUUGAGCAGGGGAGGAGCCCAGGUAAAGAUUUUUGCCCCCAACAUAGAGCAGAUGCAUGUAGUGGAUCACUUUAAAGGAAACCCCACAGAAGAGAGAAGAAACGUUCUGGUUGAAAGUGCAAGACUUGCACGUGGGAAUAUUCAGGAUUUAGCAGAGCUUGUGGUUGAUCAAAUUGAUGCAGUUAUUUUCCCAGGAGGGUUUGGAGUUGCUAAAAACUUGUGUUCAUGGGCUGUAGAUGGAAAUAAAUGCACUGUAAAUGAACAAGUGAAAGCUACACUUCAAGCUUUUAACCAGGCCAAGAAACCUAUAGGGCUGUGCUGCAUUUCCCCCGUGCUUGCUGCCAAAGUGUUCCCAGGCUGUGAGGUCACAGUUGGAAAAGAUAGCAAUGAGGAUGGAAGGUUUCCAGAUGCUGAAACUGCUGCUGCUAUACAAGAACUUGGAUGCAAGCAUAUCUGCAAAGAUGUGAAUGAAUGCCAUGUGGAUGCCAGCAACAAAAUAGUUACCACCUGUGCUUUUAUGUGCAAAGCACCGCUGCAUGAGAUUUUUGAUGGGAUUGGGGUAAUGGUUGCAAGUGUUUUGGAACUGGCUUAAACUGUAAAUCCCCAGUGUCUGAAUAAACAAUAUUACACUCUUUAUUUCCUGAA